CCGUCACACACUCAGGACAAAAAUAUAGAACAGAACAUCAUUAAUUAUAAGUGCAAAUUCGGUCUAACAGAUGUGUGCGAAUAGAGCGAAACUUUGAGAUACGUUGGCGCGACAUCAACUGCACGGCCAUUGACCUGGCCACAACGGCCGCCUUUCACUGCAUGAUCGUUGAGCUGCCCAAGCGGCAGGGAAACUUCCUGAACACUCGACUCCUGUUCAAUCGACCCGUGCCCAAGAUGUGGGUGGAGCUGAGCGUGGGACAGAUCAGUGGCAGUGGCAGCUCCAAGGAUCGACCUAUUCCGAACCUGCUCAAGGUACGCGUGGAUGCCUGUCAGCUGUCUGGAUUUCGCAGCAAGAAUCGCAUUCUGAAUGCUGUUCUGGGCAAGCUACUCCAAUCGGGCAAUUAUCCCAAGAACUGUCCGCUGUUGGGGAAUGUCAACUAUACGUCCACACAUUUUGCCCUCAAUCCGGAUCACUUUCCAGCCUACAUGCCGGACAUGAAGUUCAACACGAAAUUGGUAUUCUAUCAGAGCAAGAAUAUUACUCUGAUUAGGGCCAGUGUGGAUGCCGAGGUAGUGAGGCGAUCGUAGAGAUUCCUCGACACACGGAUUUAAUAAUUUAAUAAAGAGAAAAUCCAAA